AUGAAGUCCUUUCCACAGGCCCUGGAGCCGACGCCAGCCGUGACUCCAUGCCCGCGUCUGCGCAAACUGGCGCUGCGAUAUGAGCCGAACGAAGAGGACGGUGGUCGGAAGCUGCUCACCAGUCUGUACAGCGUGCUGCAGAAGCGCGACGCGGCUCAGACUCCCCUGGAGUCGCUCAGUCUUCAGGUUAAGCCUGUGGCCGACGAGACGGUCUUCACGCCUUCCGGAGUCAUCGGCCGCUUGCCGUCAGAUUUUGAUGACAUACAGGCGAGUUUGGAGUGCAUGGUCGACUCGCUGGAGGUCAUGUUGUUAAUUGAUGGUGACUGA